CAUUUUAACCAAUAAGGUGAAUAAGGGACAGUUAUUCAGAUGAGACUUGCAGAAUGUCUCUGCUAAUACGAAGAUGCAAAUUCGACAAUUAUUGGCGAUACCCGAAGCUCGCAAAUCGGAUAAAGUUUCACGAACUGCACGCUUGGUCGUUGACCAACUUGAUUUGGAGUUCGAGAAACUUUUGCAAUGCACAGGCAAAACCGAAUAUUUUGGACGAUAGAACUAAAAAGUUUUUAGAUUAUCUCGCGAACGAGUACAAAAACAAAUCUUGGAGGAACAAUAACUUAAUCGAUUUUGUCGAUUUAAAUGCUUCCGGUGGUUUAUUGAGCAAAAGAGUGCAGCUCAUAGAAAAUAUUCAGAAUUUGCAUGAUUUAGGACAGCAGGAUAUAGAGAUGAAAAAAUUAGCAGAGGAGGAAGAAGCGUUGUACAAUGAGCAACUAAAUGAACUUGACGAGAGAUUAUUGAACAUAAUAUUGGGAAACAUGUACAAAGAUUCGUACGACAACAUCAUUGUCGAAAUAACGGCGGGUGUCGGUGGCCAGGAAGCAAUGCUGUUCGCCAAGGACUUGUAUGAUAUGUACAUAGGCUACGCCAAGUAUCUAGGUUUGGAUUACGAGGUGAUCGACAUAGAGAUAAGCGAUAACAAGGGCAUUAGGCAUGCCAGUAUUAUGAUAUCUGGCGAUCAAGCUGACAAGUUUCAACACGAGGGUGGUGUACACCGAGUCCAGCGGGUCCCAGCCACGGAAAGAAUGGGCCGAGUACAUACCAGUACCGCCUCGGUUGCAAUUUUGCCGGUGCCAUCGGAGAUACAGAUUGCGAUCAAUGAGAAAGAUUUGAAAGUAGAGACAAAAAGAGCGUCCGGCGCAGGUGGUCAACAUGUAAACACCACCGAUUCCGCGGUGAGGGUAACGCAUCUGCCAAGCGGGCUGAGCGUUACCUGUCAGGUAGACAGAUCGCAAGAUAAGAAUAAAAAGAUGGCUAUGAACAAACUGAGGAGUAUCCUGUACGAGCAGCAAUUGAACAAGCAAUCGUCAUUCACGAGCGAGUUGCGCCAAAAGCAAAUGGGAAUGGGAUACAGGAACGAAAAGAUUAGAACGUACAAUUAUAAUCAGGAUCGCGUGACCGAUCACAGACUGGGUCAGAAUGGGACUCUCUACAACUUGCCGGAAUUUAUGCAGGGUGGAGCGGCUCUAGAGGAAUUGGAGGACAAAUUAUAUAAUCAUGUACGGAUGAAAACUCUGCUCGAAAUAGUCAAAAAGCUUGAGACGCGAUCAAAGUGAUGCUAGUCUUUUCUAAAAU